GUCUCUUUCAAAGUCACUUCUUUUUUUUUUACCAUCUGACCAAGCAAUCAACGAUUUGGUUUCCAACAUGUCAUACCGUUCACCUAGCUUUCUCAUGGGACUGGCCAAUUUGUUCGCAAUUGGUGGAGCCACAUAUCAUCUCAGAACCCAUCACAUCUACAAUCUCGAAGAGCACGAGGCACGAAUGGACGAGCUCGAAGGUACCUUGAGAGGACACAUUGGCUUGAUCGAAGAGUCUCUCGAGCGGAUAGAGGGCAAGCAGCUCACCAAGGGCCAGAAGACCGAGGAUUUGUACACAAAGCGAGGCCGGGAUGAGAAGCAGGACAAGCAGAAGAAGUAGUAACGACAUUCACGGCGAUAAGAAUCAGUGAGAGAGAUAGUAAUGGUGGACAGAAGGAAGGUGUGUAACAGUGUAAAGAUGUUCAGGCAUGCCCCAGGAUCUUGGCGGGAGGAAGUUCGUAGUUCGUAGAUGUGGCCCGUGUGGAAGGAGCAAGGAGACCCCUUUGCUAGCCUGCACCUCCCCCAUACCUGGACAAGAAGCACCCCGACUGCAAUUGAACCACAUCUUCAUACGUCGCAUCCACCACACUCGUUCACCGUAUAUCUUCGUCGCCAACCAGUCGCUCCGAACAUCACAUCUACCUUUCAUGAUGUCUUCCUAC